GUUUAACUGGCAUAGCAUAAUAAACCACAAAAUAUACCAGUUGUCCGAUCACAUCUGUUUAUACAAUGCGCUUUCGGACUACAGAGUACAAACCACUCCACUAAGUCUGGUGAAGCAAAUAUAGAAUAUUCAAAGCCACUUGGAUAAAGUAAGUUAGAAACUCAUCGUGCGCAAAUAUUCUGCCUAUAAAUAUCUGCACACACUGGCACUGGCCAACUCACCGCUCUAAACCCCUUGAGCAAAAUGGCUUCCCAUAAACCCCUCACUUGCAGUGUCUUGGCCUUGUUCUUUGCUGCAAGCUUAGUUUCAUCUCAGCUAAAUGCAAAUUUCUAUGACAAGUCAUGCCCAAAUGCAUUGUACACCAUCCAAACAGCGGUGAGGUCGGCUGUUGCCAGGGAGAACCGCAUGGGCGCAUCAUUGCUCCGCCUCCACUUUCACGACUGCUUUGUUAAUGGCUGCGAUGGCUCAGUGCUGCUUGAUGACACCCCAACCUUCACAGGGGAGAAGACUGCUGUUCCGAACAACAAUUCCCUGCGUGGAUUUGACGUGAUUGACAGCAUCAAGGCACAGCUUGAGAGGAUCUGCCCACAGGUGGUAUCAUGUGCUGACAUCGUCGCUGUGGCAGCACGUGACUCUGUUGUUGCGCUUGGAGGACCUACUUGGGCUGUCAAUCUGGGAAGGCGUGACUCAUUGACAGCAAGCCUAGAUGCUGCAAACAACGACAUCCCAGCACCAACUCUUGACCUCACUGAUCUCACCAAGUCCUUCUCAAACAAAGGACUGAGUGCAUCUGACAUGAUUGCACUCUCAGGAGGUCACACCAUUGGGCAAGCAAGAUGUGUCAACUUCCGCGACCGCAUAUACAGUGAAGCUAACAUCGACACGUCCCUUGCGACAUCACUGAAAACAAACUGUCCCAACAAGACUGGUGACAAUAACAUUUCACCCCUUGACGCCUCGACACCCUAUGUAUUUGACAAUUUCUACUACAAGAACUUACUGAACAAGAAGGGUGUUCUGCAUUCUGACCAGCAACUGUUCAAUGGAGGUUCAGCAGACUCCCAGACUACGACCUACUCUUCAAACAUGGCAAAAUUCUUCACUGAUUUCAGCACGGCAAUGUUGAAGAUGAGCAACAUUAGUCCCCUAACUGGAUCCAGUGGACAGAUAAGGAAAAACUGCAGGAGGGUAAACUAGCACCUUGUAACCUUUGUUAAAAAGGGAGAAAGCUCCCCUUUUGCUCAUACUGUAGUCCUCCUGAAAAUGUAUCCACAGCUUCGCAAGGCAUACAUAUGAAAAGAAUAAAAUGACAUGAAAAGUGUUUUUGAAA